AUGAGAAAAGACGACGGCGACGACUUGCCGGACGGAAUAUACGUGCAUGCUCAGCAUUCCAACUCCGACCGCCGGAUUAUGGACACCCCUGGCCCGUCCCUCAGAGUUUAUCAAGUUUGGAAAGGAAACAAUAAAUUUUGCUUUAAUGGCAGACUGAUGUUUGGUCCGGAUGGCAAGUCAUUGAUUCUUACUAUGUCGCUGAUUGUGGUUCCGGUGAUCUUGUUUUGUUCUUUCGUUUCUAGUGGACUAGUUCAUAUGUACCCCCACCAUAUUGGCAAUUGUAUUGUGGCUAUAGCUGUCGUAUGCGCAAUCUAUGUUGUUAGUCUUCUCUUCAUUACAGCUUCAAGAGAUCCUGGUGUUAUUCCUCGAAGUCUGCAUCCUCCUGAACCAGAAGAUGAUGGUUAUAUGUCUAGUAUGUCAUCUGAGUGGCCGGGAAGUCAGAAUGGACCACCGACUGUACCACCCACAAAAGAUGUGAUGGUUAAUGGCUCAAUUGUCAAGGUCAAAUACUGCCAUACAUGCAUGCUAUAUCGUCCGCCCCGAUGCUCGCACUGCUCUAUAUGCAACAAUUGUGUGGAGCGUUUUGAUCACCAUUGCCCAUGGGUGGGGCAAUGUAUUGGGAGAAGGAAUUAUCGAUUCUUUUUCAUGUUUGUGGUCUCCACAGCCAUGCUGUGCAUCUAUGUCUUUGCCUUCUGCUGGGUAAACAUCAUGAAAAUAAUGGAUGCUAACCAUUGCAAUCUCUGGAGUGCUUUAUUGAAGUCACCAGUUUCAGGAAUUCUAAUUCUGUAUACAUUUGGAGCUGCUUGGUUUGUUGGAGGUCUCAGCGGCUUCCAUCUAUAUUUGAUCUGCACCAAUCAGACAACAUAUGAGAACUUCCGGUAUCGGUACACUAUCAAGAUGAACCCGUAUAAUCGUGGGUGUUUUGAAAAUAUUGCGGAAGUCUUCUGCUCUAGGAUUCCUCCAUCUAAACAUAACUUCGGGGAAAAGGUUAAGGUCGAUUCUGUCUACACCAAUUCAACAAUUUCAUUAGGUCAUCCCAUGAGCCCUGAGAUGCCUAAAACAAGAUAUGACAUAGAGAUGGGAAAACGUCAAGCUGUGGCGGCUGAAGAUCUUGAGGAUCUACAGAGUCAGAUUGAAACUGUUGUUGGAUUGGAUAGGUUGGAGAGGUGUGGAACUCAGCCGAGACAUUCAAAUUCAAACUGGGAUCAGAAAGCCAACUGGCCAUCCUCACCUGAUAUACAAAUGUUGGCUGCUGAGUUCGGAAUGGAAGACGGUUCAACGACAAGCAGGCAGAAGAUUGGAGGACCUAAUGACCUAAAGUAGAUUAAUUUAUGUUGAUCUUACAGCCAAGUUUGAUAGUAGUUGCUAACCUAGAUGAUGGGACUUGGAUAUUGACAUAGUGCUGAACUCCCACACUAUUUGAAGGAUGUUAUCACACUCAAAUUCUCAAUGGUAGGAUUGAUUCAGAAUGAGAGCUGCGGUUCAGUUGAAACAGUAAAGAGGCAAUUUUCCAUAAAUCAAACUGCAUUUAUGGAUACCUGGAUUGAAGUGUAGUUUUC